CGGUGUUGUGAAAUUGCUAACGUCCCGCUUGUGAAUCGGUCUGACGUCACAUGACCCAGGAACCAGAAGUGCGAUCUACGUAAAUGCUAGCUAGCAACGUGUGACAAAGUAACAGCCAGGGAUGUUUUUUGCCGGGAAGUUUUUAUGCUAAUUCCAGUGUAACAACGUUUCAGUUGACAUGACGACUGUCAUAGAGGCCGGUCUUUCGGUGUCUCUUGAUCUUUCUUCAGUCGUUGAAGCGGCUGUGAGGGUUGCAGUGUGCUCUGUGCUUAAAGAGGUUCAAAGACUCAUCGGUAAAGAUGUGGCCGAGCUGCGAGUGGCUCUUUCUAGAAAGGAGUGCGAGAACGAAAAGCUUAGGACGCAGCUGGAUAUGGCGAGACGAGAGUUGAGAGAUCGGACGAGCUCCGAGAAAAGGUCUAUAUUAAACAGCGACCUAUCAUCCUCUUGUAACGAAGACGCGAGUGGGAAUAAUACCAGUUCUCGUCACGGCGUACGUAGUAACACAGAUGAAGACCCUAGCGGACUGGCCUUGGACGGCUCAUCAAUUUGGAGUCACCCCUGGGACAGUGACGCUGGUAGUGAUAUGCAGCAUAACUUUAUUGACCCACUAGAGAACAUAGAAUCCAAGCGUGACUUUACACCAGAUGUGGGCUACAGUUUGGAUGCUGCAGAAACAAACACAGAACCAAAUCCCACAUGUGAGCUUUUGGACUCGAUCGCUGACUCUGUGGCAGUGACGACAGCCUCCAUUACAUCUCAUGGCGAAAGUACAGUAAGCAACGUUAACCUGGUUGAUGCCCACACAACAAAGGAGCUGAGAGUCGUACAGGUAAAGGAGGAAAUUUCUUCUGGACUGUCUUCCUCCACUGCGCAUGGGUUGUCGCAUCCUGACAAAGCAGAGCCCUAUAUCUGCGGUGAGUGUGGGAAAAGCUACUUCUGGUUAAGUAGCUUGAAAAAGCACCAGAAGACCCAUCAGCGCACGCAUACAAACCCACGGCCGCACCGCUGCACAGACUGCCCCAAGACAUUCAGUUACCUCUCCAGCCUGAAGAAGCACCUGCUUAUCCACACGGGGGAGAAGCCGCACCACUGCAGCCUCUGUGGGAAGCGUUUCCGGCAAAUCCAGCAUCUAAAGGAGCACUGCAAGACCCACGAGGACAGCAAGCCCUUCCGUUGCGGGGAGUGCGGCUGGGGAUUCAAUAAUGGGUCCAACUUCAAGCGUCACCUUCUCAUCCACACGCGGCAGAAGGCGGACUAGAUUAGAGAACUUUAGUCGUGAUCUUUUAAAAUGAUUUAUCUACACUCACUUUUU